GGCGCCUGGGACGCCACCAACGUCGUUGGCGUAGGAGCUGCCGCAGACGACGAAGAGUGCGUCACCGACACAGGGGGUCGCCCCAAAGACUUUGAAGACCGAGCCACGCGCUGCAUCGUCGCCGAUCCGAGUACGGCGAAAGGGCAAGCCACGCGACGACCGACCAGUGCCAGCGACGCUAAAGGACCACAAGCCACAUGACCUCUCCAUCUCGACCGUCGAUGCGGAUCCAGCAGCAGAGAUGCGCUUCACAGAUGCCAAAGCGACGAGCGCAAGGAGAGCGUCAGCCGAGAUGAGCACAAAGAGGGAGCAUGUUCAUUCCGUCGCCAACACCCUUGUGGGAGACGAGAUGAUGGGUGACGCCGCUCCGCUGGCUGUAUCGACGACAGUCGACGUGCUGGAGAAGGGCGAAGCGACAUCUCUCGAUCAGCCUCCGGCCCGUUACCAGGGCUGGUUCCAGCUCUCGACACUGUCGAAGCGCUCGAGCCAAAGACCGCGGCCAAAGGCGUCGAGCCUACGCAGGCCCACUUUUGACAGACCACUCGAAGUCUUUUGCCGCGACGGGGCACCCAGAGACCUCUGCAAACGUGAAUGUGCCCGAGAUCUCGGUCGCGAUGAUCGAGCCAGCUGCCGAAGCGCAAUCGGUUGACGCCGAGAUCCCAAGUCGGAUAGUUGAGCCAAACUCCUUCCUCAAAGUGGUCGCGCCGGUCGUAAUGGUUGCUCCAGAGUCCUCUGUCGAGGUGAUGGAGCCGGUCGUAGUGGUCGAGCCAGAGUCUGCCCUCCAGGUGGUCGAGCCAGAGUCUGCCCUCCAGGUGGUCGAUCCAGAGUUCUCCCUCAAGGUGGUCGAGCCAGAGUCCUCCCCCGAUGUGAUUGAGCCGUUCGCGAUGGCUGUGGCAGAGUCCUC